GAAAAUGGCUAAGACAAAGCGCGUUUAAAUUCAACAAACCGCGACGAACACGCUUUGCUUUUGUCUCCUCAUCAACUAAGAUAAAUUUUCUUUCAAACAUUAAAAAAAAAAAAAAAAUCAUUUCAUUUCAUUCCAUUCCAUUUCUCAUCAGAUCCAUCAAAUACAAAAUCAAAACAAACAGAAAAUGGCUAACAAUAACAAGAACAGCAACAGCAAUGAUAACGGCACCGUUGAUUCAGAGUCCAGUCCUCUUUUGGAGAAGCAGGUGGUAGAAGAAGAAACCAAGAAUGAGAAGAAAUCGAACGUUCAUACCAAUCCGCAAGCUGAGAAAUCUGAAUCUCUGGCGCCGGAAUUCGGUGUAUAUGGUUUGACCGCGAAUGGGCUGCCGUUGACUCACGGGAGUGUGAUGGGUGAGCCCAUGGGCCGAACCCAGUGGGACUCCUCUCUCUGCGCUUGCCUUGGUCGUAAUGAUGAAUUCUGCAGCAGCGAUCUUGAAGUUUGUCUUCUUGGAAGCAUGGCUCCAUGUGUGCUGUAUGGAAGCAAUGUGGAGAGGCUUGGUUCUGCUCCUGGGACCUUUGCAAAUCACUGUCUCCCUUACACUUGUCUGUACCUGAUUGGAAAUGCCGUCUUGCGUUGUAAUUUCCUUGCACCUUGUUUUUCAUAUCCUAGCCGUACAGCUAUUCGUAAGAAAUUUAACCUGGAGGCAAGUUACUUUUUUAUCUCUCCUUCACCUGAGUUUCUAUCUACUUGGAUGUCUUUUGAUCUUUCUGAGAUUUUCAUAAAUUGUUCAUUCUUCUUUGCUACAUGUUCAUCUUAAGAAUAAUUACAUUUUCAUUCUUAUUUUCCUUUUGCAUGUAAACUCAAUCUUCUUGUCUCAAAUUACUUUAGGCCAUAAUUUUCUUCAAAACUUUAACUGAUUGAUUGAAAUGGGUCAUGGGUUGCUUUUAUUCUUCGUACAAAUAUUUCUCUUUAAAUUUAGGGUACAGCUUUGUUGAGUUUGUUUGUUUCAGAUAAAAGUGAUGCAGUUUUACAGCCUAUUGUGCUUUAUUACUUGUGUUAACAUUUUCUUCAUUGUCAGUGUACCAUUUUCUAUACACUCCUAUGAAAUUUGAUAAUUGGUUUGAUAAUGUUGUGGGCUUGGCAUUUUUUGCAAUAUUUAGUUCUAAUUCAGAUGAUUUAACUUAUUUAAGUAAGUACUUGAGCUACAACACUAAUUUUCCUUUCAGUACUCUAGAUCAUUGUUGUCUGUAAAUGAUUUGUUUUUUAAGUGCCAACAUCACUUUGUUCUGAGUUUUCUUUAUUUUGCGUUGUGAGAAUAUGGGACUUCAUUACUU